CCCAGAGUGCGAGUCAUUACUGUCACCCCUGCUCUCCUGGAGCCCCCGUCCUUACAGGACACAGCCUUCCUGCUCACUGAGCUCAGCUCACAGCCAGGACUUGUCCCUGUGCAGUCUUCACCGCUUUCAUUUCACUUGGCCUCUGCCCUGGCCACACUCACAGCCCCUCAUUGGGGGAUUCUAGGCAGUCAGGGGCUUCUACCCUUAACCACACCAAAAGCCCCUUGCUGGAGGAUUCUAGGCAGGGGCUCCACUGCUGAGCCACCACACCCUAGUCCCUACCUAGGGUCAGUGUGGUGUGUGGGUUUAUGGUGGCAUGCAUUGGGAAAUGCUCAGCUUCCAGCACUCCUCCAGGAGUGUAGGUUUGGGAUUGUUGCACCUGCUACUCCGUCCCUAGUCCUCUCUCAACUUUUGUAGCUGAGCCUGGCCUUGAACUACUGACCCUCCCACCUCCACCUCUGGAGUUCGGGAUGAUAGGCAUGUAUCACUGACAUGCAUGGCUCUUUUACUUUGUCUUUUGACAAAGUCUUGGACUGUAGCCCAGGCUACCCUGGAACUCCCUGGAACUCAGUUUCCCAAAUGCUAGGAUGAAUGUCACAUUCCCUGAAUACAACCCAGGCCACUUUUAGUGUGUAGUUCUGUCUGGGUGUUUCCCUUAUUGAUUUCUGUGAUCCAACCUAUUCCUGGUAUUGGCACCUAGAUGCUGUUUUCCAUUUCCAAGUGACAUUCCUGGGGUCCCCCUUAUCUCCUGACAAGCCCAGUGAUAUGUCUUAUCCAGGCCAGCCAGGCGUUGCUUGGGGAGAAAGUGCUUUACAUUUUUGGGUGGUGAUAGCGUUGGCUGGUGCUUGGCCUCAGCUGCCACCUUGAAAGCUGGGUCCUGAGCAGCCUGGGUGAAGUGAGAGCUUUCUCUCACUGGCAGCUGGACACCAGUGCAAACUCAGUCCCACCAGCCCUGGUUGAUUGGGAAUGCCUGAGAAAGGGGGCUAGUCCUUAGGAACGUCCAUGCUCACUGGACAUCCCUGCCUAGUUGUCUGCUGGCUUUUUGGGCCUGGGUCUAAGGUGCCAUCCACCCUAGGACAGGCAGGGUGUGCACCUGUGUUUAAGGACAGAACCUUCCCUUCAAGGGAACCUAGUUCAAGUGACUUUUGAAAGCUGUUUCCUUUUUGAAAAAGGGUCUCAAGUAGCUCAGGCUGGCCUUGAACUGGUGAUCUUCGUUCCUCGGCCUUCCCUGUGCCGAGAUGAUGAGCAUGUACCAUGUCAGUUUGUGCCGUGCCUUAGAUGGAACCCACAGCUGCUUUGUUGAUGCUCAGCAAGCAUUCUACAAACUCAGCUCCAAACCUUGUCUUCUUAAAGACAGCACUCUCACUCAUGUGUCUUGUGCAGCACGUGUAUGCCACCAUAUGCGUGUGGUGGUCAGAGGACAACUUUUGAGAGUCAGUUCUCUUCUACCAUGUGGAUUCUGCAGUUCACACCUGGGCUGGCUUUUACCUGCCAAGCUCGUACCAUUGCUUACUAUGAGCCUAUGGUGUCCUCACCUUUCAACAAUCCUGCCCUGGCUUCCCGAGCACAGGGCUACCCCAUGCACUGUCACACCCAGCAUUAGUUCUAGUCCUUCGUCUCCAAAGUUCCUGGUCUGUUGCUGCCCUUGUUCACUUGCUGGGCCUCAUGGAUUCAGAAGUCUGUGCAGAACUUGUGCCUUUCUGGGAAUGAUUUGUCUCCAAUACUCCAAAGCCCUGACAGGCUAUAGCUAUGCCUUCACAGGUUGGCCUUCCAAGAAUGGGAGUCCAGCCCUUGGCUAUCCCCUAGCCUCUCCCUUUUCCUGUUUUGAUGCUGUCUCAGCCAAGCCCGGAGACAGGGGCAUGAUGGCUUAAUCCUGGCUGAAGCUGAGAUGGACUGGUGCCCACUGACUCUACCUGCCAUGUGCCCUUCCCAGUCCCUAUUGGUCCCACAUGGCCACACUCCAGUUCGAAACUUAGAACAGCCCUCUUCCCAACCGCCCUGUACUUCCUCCACUGAUAGCAGGUGGGGUGGGGACACAGGUUGGUAGCCAGCUCUGGACUUGCUUCUGGCCGAUGGUGUGACACUCAUAAAUCAGGGACAUCAGGUUGUCGGAAAUGGGUCUAUGGAAUGUCUGGGUGGGUAAGCCAUCAAUCCUUAGGGCUGUGGGGACAAGGUGGGUGGGACCCCCAGAGCUUCCCUGGGACGUGGUGUUGGCAGUGAUUUUAAUCCCCAGGACAGGCAGGGAAUAAAUUCAGGGCACCAAGGUCUCUCAGCAUCCUGGGGCCUGCUGUCAGAAUGGCUGCAGGAAGACUUUGGAUCAUGUCUCUGCUGCUCCUGUCCUUGCACCUGGGCCUUGGCUGGGCCCUUCAUCUUCAAGAGGCUCCUGUGGCAGGCAAGUUCUCAUCUGGGAAGAUGGCAGAGACUGGAGGGACCCGGAAGUCCCAUCAGGGUAACAACCAUGUCCGCCUUCCAAGAGCCUUGGGUGGUUCAUGCCGGCUAUGGAGCCUGACCCUACCAGUGGCUGAGCUGGGCCUGGGCUAUGCCUCAGAGGAGAAGGUCAUCUUCCGAUACUGUGCUGGCAGCUGUCCCCAAGAGGCCGGUACCCAGCACAGUCUGGUACUGGCCCGGCUUCGAGGGCAGGGUCUAGCCCAUGGCCGACCCUGCUGCCAGCCCACCAGCUAUGCUGAUGUGACCUUCCUUGAUGAUCAUCACCGUUGGCGGCAGCUGCCGCACCUCUCAGCUGCGGCUUGUGGCUGUGGUGGCUGAAGGAGUCCAGUCCGGUGUCUCAGACUCACAAGCAUGAGGCAGCCUGGGCCCUGAAGGCUCAGGUGACUUUAUCAGAAAUUUGCAUAAGUGAAGAAGAUGAGAAGGGAAGGGACCUGGUUGUGUGGUUUUGUUUGCUUGUUUGUUCUCUUAUCAGUAGUGAAUGCAAUAAAUGAUAUUCUCAUGGGCAUAA